GCAUGCCCACUGAGCAACUUUUAUGUUCUUUCCAAUAUAGAUAACUAAUAGCUGAAUACCAUUUUCUUUCCCCAUUCUUCUCUUGAAUGCUUAAGAAAAUGGGUCUCAUAUUUGUGAAGAAGAUGAGUCUACUUUUCCUCCUUGUUUCAGCUUUUCUUUUCUCUGCUUCACUGGCUGCAGGCCCAGGAUCUAGGAUUGUGAAUGGUGCAGCUGAGGAAGUUGAUGAGGAUGCAAUUAGUACUUUUGAGAAGAGUACUGCUGAGGAAAUUGAUGCUACGAUCCAUGAAAGGCUUCUAAAAGCAAACGGUAAAGACUAUGGGGUGUCCGAUCCGUCACCAACUAUUAAUAAACCUCCUUACAAGGUCAUCCAGAAUUAAUCAUGCAUGCAUCCUUAUCUAUACUGUAUUUAAAUAAACGAAAUCGAAGGUAGCUUUACAUAUCUAUAUAUAUAUGUGUAAUUUUGUUUUUAUAAUAUAUAGUGUACGCUCUU